GCACUCCUUCCGCCCCAAAGACCUCCGAACUCCGGUGGGCCAUGUCCGCCAUCAACGAGAUCCAGCAGAAGCUCAUAACGCAGCUGGACAUGAAGCUGGAGGACUUGAAGCCGGAGCAGGUGGCACGGCUGGUGGCCGCCGGGGUGUUGACGGAGAGGGAAGCGGCUUUGGUGCAGAUCCGGCUGGAGACCGCCAAGCCCAUGCAGGCGCCGGAGCUUCGGGAGGUGACGGACCAUGGAUACGCCCCCACCCUGCUGCAAGGCUUCUCCGGCACCGCGCCCACGCUGCAGACGGGGAAGGACACCAAUGCGGGCGUCAUGAAGCUGGCGCAGGUGGAUUGGCAGCAAGUCUUCGCAAACUGCAACCUGACCUACGGGAGGAUCACCAGCAGUAGCGCCUUCGGCUGCUCGUCGAAGCCACUCUUCAAGGAGCCGACAGGUGCCGACAUCAAGCAGGCCUUCCGACCUGCGCAGGUCAGUGAGCAGGAGCUUGCCGUGGUGCUCUUCAGCGACAAGUUCAAGGCGCACUCAGAGCUCUGCAGCGCGCAAGCCUACCAGGAGGUGUGCACACCUCUUGCGGCAGCUGCUGCAGAGUACAAGUCCGCCAGUCACCAGGAGCAGCGAGAAGUGGGCACCCAGUACUCUGUCGUCCACAAGUAUCAGGUACCAGCGGGAAGCUUCAAGAUCGACACAGAGCACCUCGAGCUAAAUCCCGGCUUCGUGAAGAGCGUGGAGGACGCCCUGAGCGCCGCAGGCAACUGCUUGCCGGAGGAGCUGAGCAAGUUCUUCGAGGACCGCAUCUUCAGCACCUACGGGGACGUCUACCCCACUGAGGUGAUGAUCGGGGUGGCCGCCUUCUCCACCGAGGUCAAGAACGUCACCAAGCAGGAGAGCAAGAAGCAGGCCGCGGACUCCGCGCAUGUGGCGGCCAGCGGCAUUGGCCAGGGCGUUGCGGGCAAGGGGGACGUGGCGGCGGGCACCGAAACGGCCAGCGCGGAAGGCGCCCAUGCCGUGAACGAGAGCCGAAGCUGGACCAGCAUCGGGGCGGCCAUCAGCGACGGCAAGAACCCCAGGUCCAUCACCUCGUGCAGGGAGGACUCAAGCGCAUGGCGCUGCAUCCAGUACGAGAAAGUGGCCAGUGUCUUCGACUUCCUCCCCAAGAACCUCCUGGCGCGCGUCCGGGAGUUGGAGCAGAAGCUGGAGUCUCAGAAGAAGCAAAGCCCGGCGCUGCCGCCCAGCGAAGACCUGGAGCGGCGCAGGCUGGCGGUGGCGGCAGUGAUCAAGGGCCUUGAGCGCUUGGACCGCUGGCAGCACACGAUGUAUCAGAGGAACGAGAAGCGCCUUGAGACCGGGGAGAGCCUCCUGGACGGCGCCGAGCACAAGCAGAUCAAGUGGCUCGUGGGCCUCUACUCUGGUUUCAUUUGGAACGUGGACGACAACAAGACCAGUGCUGCGGCCCAGCGCUCGGCGGACGUCCUGGCAAAUGGGCGCUAGGAGAUGCACGUGCCGGGAUUGGCCAAUUUUUGUUACGGACCGUGCCAAUGAUGCCAAUGCAUCGAAAUUCGGGCGAUCUCGCCUUCAUUCCUCAAGGCUUCGAGACACGGCGCGGGACCAGAUUUUGGAAUUUCUCACGCAAGAGCUGUGCAGAACUUAGUUUUCCACUCGCACGGCAGGCUCCGGGCCAUACAGGAAUUUCCAGCGUUCCGGGGGCCUGCUGGGCAGACAUGUCGGCAUUGUACAGGACAGGCAUAGAAAAUCCGUGCGCCCUUGCUGGUGAUUCGCCAGAGCAAGGAUGAUCCUUUGCGGGUAGGGACUUGAAG